AUGAGGACACUUUCCAACCUCUGCUUGUCUUUUUAUUGUCUGGUUGACAGCGGGUCUUUGUGUUGGGUACUUGUGAAUCGUGGGUGGGAAUCUCAACAUGUCAAGAUUUCAGAGGACAGUCCUUGUCUUUACAGAAUCGAGCGGGUGAUGGACAACAACACCACUGUGAAAAUGGUGCCCAUAAAAAUUGUGCACUCAGAAAGCCAGCCUGAAAAGGAGAGCCGACAGAGUCUUGCAUGCCCAACUGAGCUGCCCACGCUGCCCAGUGGGCUGGAGAGAGACCAGAUCAAGUCAUUGAACACAUCAGAGCAGUGCUAUUCCCGAUUCUGUGUGUAUACACGACAGGAGGUGGAAACCCCUCAGAGAUCCCGCCCUCCAGAGCCCCAGCCACCCAGCAACCCUGCACCUCCUGUCAAAGAUAUCUGUUCCUCCCCUCCCCCGCUCAACUAUGGGAAAGCCAAGGAGAAGACCAUGGAUGAUUUGAAGUCUGAAGAAUUAGCCAGGGAGAUUGUGGGAAAGGACAAGUCAUUGGCUGACAUCCUGGACCCCAGCGUGAAGAUCAAAACAACCAUGGAUCUGAUGGAGGGAAUUUUCCCCAAAGACGAGUACCUCCUGGAGGAAGCUCAGCAGCGAAGGAAGCUGCUUCCCAAAGUCCCCUCACCCAGAGUCACAGAGGACAAGAAACAGGACCCAGGUGUGCCAGGGGUGGUGUCCUUGGCCACCAAUUCUACCUAUUACAGCACAUCAGCCCCCAAGGCAGAACUGCUUAUCAAGAUGAAGGACCUACAGGAGCCUGAGGAGUAUUCUGGGGGUGACUUGGACCAUGACCUGUCAGUUAAGAAGCAAGAGCUCAUUGACAGUAUCAGCCGCAAGCUCCAGGUACUCCGGGAAGCCCGUGAAAGCCUGUUGGAGGACAUCCAAGCCAAUAAUGCUCUGGGGGAUGAGGUGGAAGCUAUUGUGAAAGAUGUCUGCAAACCCAAUGAGUUUGACAAGUUCCGGAUGUUCAUUGGGGACCUGGAUAAAGUGGUGAACCUCCUGCUAUCUCUGUCAGGCCGCCUGGCCCGUGUGGAAAAUGCCCUCAAUAAUUUGGAUGACAGUCCUUCUCCUGGAGAUCGGCAAUCACUGUUGGAGAAACAGAGAAUUCUAACCCAGCAGCAUGAGGACGCCAAAGAGCUUAAAGAGAACCUAGACCGUCGUGAGCGCAUUGUGUUUGACAUCCUGGCCACCUACCUCAGCGAGGAGAACCUGGCUGACUAUGAGCACUUUGUGAAGAUGAAGUCAGCCCUCAUUAUUGAGCAGCGAGAGCUGGAAGAUAAAAUCCACCUGGGUGAAGAGCAGCUCAAGUGCUUGUUCGACAGCCUACAGCCUGAGAGAAGCAAAUGAGAGGUCCAUCACUGCAGAAGUUGGACACUGAGCCUUGGAGAUUAAUGCCUGGGAAUACAAGAGUGAACCCAAGCCUAUUUGCCCAUCUCUGGAGAGACACACUCUGGAUCCACAAGGGUAGUAAAUAAGCAAUAAUGUCCUGUUAGUAUGUGAUGAUUUAGUUAUGUUUUUCAUUUCUGUUGGUUUGCUGAGCAGUUUUGUAUUACAUGUAACUUCACAGAAUUCCAGGCUUUGCUGGUCAGCAGGGUCCCCUAGGAUGUUCAAUGGCUGAGCCCACAAUAUAUGCACACACUCCUUUGCAGUGGUGGCACCAUUGUUCCUCCCUUACGUAGAUGCCAAAUACAUCCCUAUGGUGCAUGAGAGGAAAGACCCUUGUGAUUUAGCCAGGCAUGGGCUGCUGUGUGUUCUGUACAUGUUCAUUCAAUAAUGCAAGCAUUCAUUAGGCUAUCAUCAUGACUUUCUCUGACCCAGUAAAAACCAGUGAAGAUGAUAAUUUAUUGAUGUGUGGGAAACAUCAAGUUUCCUAGUGGUAAAAAUCCAACUAAGAAAUGAACAGCCUACAUAUUGCAUACAUUCAUUCCUAGAGUAAAAUCAUCAUAUAACUUGUGUGCAUGCUUUGAAACACCCCAAACAAACAGAUAGCUAGUGUCCUUCUUGUCACAUCUUAAAUAAUUUGUAAGCAAGUAAAAUUACUUGGUUAGA